AUGCCCGAAAGUGACUCGACCAAGGCCAAGGGAGACGCCCAACACUCACGUGAGCCGUCACGUGAGUCGUUGCAGGCCCCGCAACACGACAUUUACUCGUCUUCGAUAGAUACCAUUCGCCCGGGCGAGUUCCGCUCGGUGAGCCCUCGAACGGCGCCAAACCCCAACUCGACCGCGACCCCCAACCCCGGUCCCAAUCCUGGGCCUUCCGGAUCGAGCAACCCUGGCCCUGCCGCCGUCAAGCCCAGCCCAAACCUCACGGCGCUGUCGCAACCCUCGCCCAGUCUCAACCCCAAACAGCCGUCGCUGGUUCUGCCCCAACCCAGAUCUUCCCUAAGCCGGGGCACCUCGACCUCUCACGAGCGACGAUACCAGUACUCCGUCGACGACGACGAGUACGAAUUCGAAGCCGAUCUGGAACGGGAGUUUCUGGAGGGAUAUGCAAAGGCCAUCAAGGACCAGGAGCGAAAACGGCGACGGAAAAAGAGUCACGUGCCCGGAGGAGGCAGCAUCAGCGGCGGAUCACGUGAGCGCGACGCGAGCCGUGGCCACUCGCUCAGUCACGUACGUUCUCGGGACUCGGUGCCGCGGGAGUCGCCGUCACCGAUCAUUAAGCAGGACUUCAACCCGGCUUACUCAGACCACGAUGCUGACCAAUGCGACGUCGACGGGGACCACGACUUGCACGACCCCGCGGGCAGCCACGUGACGCACGCCGACGGGGACCACGCUGACUCAACGGAAAUUGCUGACUCAGCCGGCCUCGACGACGACGACGACGCCGACGCAGAUGACUCAGCCGACGCAGAUGACUCAGCCGACGACAACGCGUCGGUCCUCUCCAACGAGUCCUUCACUCUCAAGGAGCGGCAGGCCGCCAUCAACACCACCCACCCAUUCGGAAUCCGAAUCUGGAAACCCGCAAUUUACAAAAAAAACCGGUCUGUGCAGGCCCAGGCGGAAGGCGAUAUUCACAUGACUCCGGGAAAGACGGUGGGAUGGCGGAUUUUCUUAGGUAAUGCGCUGUGGACCUUGUCGUUCGGCCUGUUGCUCUACAUGGUUUGUGGGCUAGGGUUUAUUACGUGCUCGCUGUUUUUCUGGUCCAAUUCCGCCCGCCAGUACGGCCGUGUCUUACAUAAGACGGGCUUCUAUCUUCUCUAUCCGUUUGGGCAGUUUGUGCAGCUCGCGGCCGACGAAAACUAUCUGCAUGAGGAUGAGGGCGAGGGUAGGACUCUGGGAGAGUAUGAGCGGUGGCAGGCGGGUGAUUUGGAGCAUGGCCGGCUCUUUUUUGGACCGGAUUCGAACCAUGGCCACCCUACCCAGGGAACCAACCCUACCUCUCACCCUAACCACCCUAACCACCACGACCCCAGCUCUGGCGCCCACGUAGACCCCGUGAGAACCCCCCUGCUGGGCCGCAACCGGUCGUCGCUGUCGUCCGCGUCCGAAGACUCGCUCGGAGAAGACUCGGAAACCGGCGUCUCACGUAAGCGACGGUUCUUUGGCCGGGGCGAAUGGAAUCUCGGCCGAAUUCUCUUCUACACGUGGUUUUACGUAAUCAUCACCCCUGUCAUCUACGCCGUCUCCCUCAUCUGCUGGUUCCUCGUCUUUCUCAUCCCCAUGGGCAAGGUGACUAAUGUGCUCUGCUACCAUUUGCGACGGCAUCCAUUAGCCCUCAAGUUCAAGUCCGACUCGCAAUAUUAUGAGCUCAACGGCUCCGGCGACGGCUCCGGGGCCAUUCUGCUGUGCACAUACCGCGCCUUUGGCUGGAAGUAUUACAAAUACACCAUUGACGGCACCAACAUUUUUUUCAUCAAUCUCAUUGGCGUGGUGUUUUUCGGCAUCUUUUCAAACUACUUUCUACGGCUCCACCUGGGACUCGACCUGCUAAUUACUCAGCCGCUCUUCAUCUUCUUGGUCAGCUUAGUCAGCGUCAUCCCCCUCGCCUACUUCAUUGGCCAGGCCGUCGCCUCCAUCUCCGCACAGACCUCCAUGGGAAUGGGCGCCGCCAUUAACGCCUUUUUCUCCACUAUUGUCGAGGUUUUUCUCUACUGUGUCGCCCUACAACAGGGUAAGUCAGCCCUGGUGGAGGGCAGUAUCAUUGGAAGCAUUUUGGCCGGCGUCUUGCUGUUGCCAGGCCUCAGUAUGUGCACGGGAGCGAUCAAGCGCAAGACUCAGCGGUACAAUCCCAAGUCUGCGGGCGUUUCGUCCACCAUGUUGUUGUUUGCGAUUCUGGGCACGUUUGCGCCGACGUUUUUCUACCAGAUUCAUGGGUCAUAUGAGCUGCGGUGCGAUGGCGAGUGCGAGGGUCCUAAUCUCAUGAUGGGUCGCAACCUGAUUAGUCAUGCUGGGUCAGCGCUCGCAAACGGCCAGCAGGUGCUUGCUGAGUCAGCCACCGCCGCUGCCAGCUUCUGCUCGCGCUGCCAAUUCUUCCAGGUCCCGCUCGUCUACGACGACCUCUAUCAAAAGGCUCUCAAGCCGCUUUCCGGCAUCUGUGCCAUUCUGCUGUUUGUGUCUUACAUAAUCGGGCUGUGGUUCACUCUGCGGACCCACGCGGCCAUGAUUUGGCAGACGCCGAUUCACGAGAAAAAGGAGGUGGUCCAGGUUAACCCCAACCCUGGUGCUGGGGGCCGGAGUUCUUCCGUCGCCACUCCGGUGCAUCGCGCCACUCCGGCUACCAUUCUCGACGACCCCGCCGGUUUGAAGCAUCGUCCGGGCACCAACCCGGGACAUCCCAACUCUGGUAACCCCAACCCUGGCAACCCCAACCCCAACCCUGGUAACCCCAACCCUGGCUCUGGUCCAACCGUCACCCUGGCAACUCCGCUCGUGGUCUCCGCCCCCGUCGAAGAGGCCCCCUCGGGACACAGCCCUGACGCCAACUGGUCACGUUCCAAGUCCACCUUCAUUCUGCUCUCGGCCACUCUGCUCUAUGCUGUGGUUGCCGAAAUGCUGGUAGAUACCGUCGAUGUAGUUCUGGAGAACGCGGCGAUCGGCGAAAAGUUGCUUGGAAUCACCAUUUUCGCCCUCGUGCCCAACACCACCGAGUUUCUCAACGCCAUUUCGUUCGCCAUGGGUGGCAAUAUCGCGCUGUCGAUGGAAAUCGGCUCCGCCUACGCCCUCCAGGUCUGUCUGCUGCAAAUCCCGGCGCUGGUGCUCUACUCCAUGUGGAACAACAAUGUCGACAUGGACACGGCGCACAUGUUCACUCUCAUUUUCCCGCGGUGGGAUCUGUUUGUGGUGAUGAUCUGUGUCUUUCUGUUUUCGUACAUUUACGCCGAGGGCAAAAGCAACUACUUCAAGGGCUCCAUUUUGGUGCUUGCGUGGUGCGUGGUCAUGGUGGGCUUCUAUUUCGACGGAGUCGUGUCUGAAGAUGGAUUUGGCGAUUCUCCGGGAAUGCUGAGUGCCUUGUUGCUGCCCCAGAGAAUGGUUAGAUAG